AUGGCUUCCUCUCCUUUGAACCUAAAAGCUUACCAUGCUCGUUCGAACAGCUUGCCGUCAAGGCCACACCCUGCCAUUACUCAACUCGAUGAGCAUUUGUGUAGCUUGAGGGCUUCUGAAUCUGGCUCUUCUUCUUCGUCAAUAUGCCACAAGCUAAGUGGUUUGCAGGAUGUACAUGAUUCCGUUGAUAAGUUACUUCAAUUGCCACUCACUCAGCAAGCAUUCGUCCAAGAGCACCAUCAGAAAUGGGCCGAGGAGUUAUCCGAUGAAUCUCUCAUUCUCUUGGACUUGUGUGGCAUUGCCAAAGAUGCCUUGUCACAAACCAAAGAACGUACGCAUGAUCUUCAAUCAAUUAUGCGCAGAAAGCGUGGAGACGAGAUGGCUCUUAAAAAUGAGGUCCGGAAAUACUUAAGCUCUAGGAAGGUAAUCAGAAAGGCAAUCCAGAAGGCCUUGAAGGGCAUGGAAAGUAUGUGCGCUGACAAAAAGCAUGAGAGUCUGGCCUUGGUUAGCAUAUUGAGAGAGGUAGAAGCAGCCACUCUUGCUGUUUUUGAAUCCUUACUGUCCUAUCUAGCUGGGGCAAAGUCGCAAUCAAAGUCUAGCAGUUGGUCUGUGGUUUCCAAGUUGGUGCACCCAAAGAGAGUAGCAUCUGCGGUUGAAGUAAGAGAGACAAAUGAGCUUGAGAUGCUUGAAACCGCCUUGCACUCCCUGAACAACCAAAAGACAAGCAAAUCUGAAUACAGCACGCAUUUUGAGAAUGUGCAAAACUUUGUAAGGAGGUUAGAGUCAAGUAUUGAAGAUCUUGAAGAAAGACUUGAGUGCCUGUUUAGGCUCCUAAUCAAAACCAGAGUUUCCCUUCUCAACAUCUUCAAUCACUAGCCAUGAGAUAAUGAUCAUGGGCAUCCAAUAUUGUCUGUUUACUCUGUUCUCUCUUUAAUUCAUGAGAACGACCUAGAG